AACACAGGUUAUGGGUGAAAUCAAGAUUGCAUUAAAGAAGGAAAUGAAGACAGAUGGAGAACAGCUGAUAGUAGAAAUCCUCCAGUGCAGAAAUAUCACAUACAAAUUUAAAUCUCCAGAUCAUCUACCAGACCUGUAUGUGAAGCUGUAUGUUGUCAAUAUCUCUACCCAAAAGAGAGUAAUUAAGAAGAAAACCAGGGUAUGCAGGCAUGACCGAGAGCCUUCAUUCAAUGAAACGUUUAGAUUUAACUUGAGUCCUGCUGGGCAUUCUCUUCAGAUUCUACUUGUCUCCAAUGGAGGGAAGUUUAUGAAAAAGACGCUGAUUGGGGAAGCUUAUAUCUGGCUUGACAAAGUGGAUCUAAGGAAAAGAAUAGUAAACUGGCACAAACUGUUGGUCAGCUCCACACAAACACACUGAGCAGAGCUGUCUGCUUAGGGCACAAAACCUGCAGAGUCUGCUAUUAACAGCAUCACUCCAAGACUAUAGUUUGAUAUCAUUGUGUUUAGCUAGUCUUUCAGAAUACAAAGUAGAAAAGAGCAGUCUCGGGGCUACAUAGCACACUUAAAUGAGGGCUAGUACACUUGUUUUGCUGCACAAGACAGCAAAGUAAAAGAAAACCUGGGCCCAGAAGUUAAAGUGAGGCUGUUUGAAAUGAAGACUGAUACGAGGGCCGCAUGUUGUUGGACUCUUUGU